AUGGGCCUUGCGCUCUCGACGCAAUUUGAGCGAUGCCCUACUGGCACGCGGCUUCUGGCAGCUCUCUAUGGCAUUAGCUGUGGAGGUCCGCUGGUGCUAUCCUCUCUAGGCCUCCCAACUGAUGCAGCAGUUUGGAGACUCUUCCUUUGCUGUACAGCCAAUGUGCUCGGUCGCAGGAAUUUGGCACCAAUCAUCCUUUCUGUGCUAUAUCGGCCACUGGGCAGUGGACAGGAUGCCUUGCUGGCUCUCACAGAGCUACAGAUGGCAGUCUCCUUCCUUCCAGCACGAGAGCAAGAACUUGGCUCUCUGCGUUUUUUGCUUUGGCUUGGAAUGAACUCAGCUGGGAGCAACGUGCUGUUUCUCCUCUUCCUCAAGCUCUAUAGUAAACUUUCUGGAUACUGUGCGGAAUUCCGAUCGAAUCAAGGGCCGUGGAGCCUAGCUGUGAUUUGUUUAACCCUUCAAGCUUUGGAACAUCCGCACGUACGCACUAAUUUGCUGGGUCUGGUGGAGAUUUCACAGAAGUGGUACCCCUUGGCGAUUGGACUUUUGCUGUCAGCUCUUAAUGGCUCAGUGCAAUGGGAGACAUUUGCAGCUGUCCUUUUCGCUUAUAUUUGGCGGACUUUUCGCUUGGACAGAGCUUUACCAUCCAGCCACACAGCUGCGAAGCUGGAGGACCAGUUGCGGCUUCCAGGGCUGCUGGGCAUGCUUGGAGGCCAUUGGGUACCAGCGACAUCCAGGCCUCCCCGACAGCCGAGACAGCUGAGAGAGCCAAGAGACGCCGGCCGAAGAGUUGAACCAGCUGGCUUCCGACUCUUUGGUGGUCGAGGGCACCGCCUUAGUGAUUGA